AUGCACUGCCUCUCGCCUCACACACUUUGCCCAUCUUACAGCAGCUAUGUAUGCAUUCUGCUCUUCUGGAGCCUACCUGGGGACCGACUGACAGAACAUGCCAUAGGCCAUGCCCCAGAGUUCCGGCACGAAUUGUUGCUUCUCAAGCCUGGCUUGCUCAAUGCUCUACUCACCAAAGCGAACUCUUCCCAGCAGGACUUUGAUGACGUGAGUGUCAUGUCCAAAUCGAAGGUAUGA